CUUAAAUAAGACGUGGUGUCUUCACUACGGCUGGAUAUGGCGGCGCUGCUGAGAGGUCUACGUGCUGGAAGGGCACUUCGAGGGCUCGGUAGCGUGGUUGCUGCACCAACAGCAACAAGUCCUCACUGUAGCAACCUUAGAGCAGGCUUCCACUGUGCAGCAGCAAGACUUCAAGAUGACUCUAAAUCUGACAAAACCUUCACAUCUUCAUCCUCCUCCACCGCCUCAUCCACAACCUACCAUGAGCACUACCAAGCUCAAUCCCCUGAACAGGACACAGAAACGGCAGAGGAGGCUUCAAGGCCAAACACUAGUUAUCAAGACCAGAGUGGAGAGCAGGGAGAGGAGUAUGAGACCGAGGAACAACUGCAAGCCCGCAUCUUAACAGCUGCAUUGGCUUUUGUACCACAACAUGGAUGGUCAAUGGAAGCUAUUGCAUCCGGGGCAGAGACCGUAGGCCUUUCCUCAGCAUCGACUGGUAUGUUCUAUAAUGGGUCUGGGGACUUGGUUCUACAUUUCAUUGCCCAGUGCAAUUCACAAUUGACAGAGAUACUAGCUGAACAACACAACCAGAUCCAGCUGGGGCAGGCAGAACCAAAGAAGACUGCUGAGUUUCUAAGGGAUGCUGUGGAGACUAGAUUGAGAAUGUAUAUCCCCUACAUUGAAACAUGGCCACAGGCUAUGAGUAUUCUGCUCCUUCCUCACAACAUCUCCGAUAGCCUGAAGCACCUGUCCACCCUGGUAGAUGACAUCUGGUACUACGCUGGAGACCGGUCCACAGAUGUGAGUGGACCCUCUCACCCUAGAUCCCCCUCUUCUAUCCAUACCUUCCUCUCCCCCUUUCAUCACCAUCCCAGCAAUAUCCGUCCUGCAUCUGCCCAGCAGGUACAGUUGUCACUCAUGGGUGCUUCUCCCUUUUCUAAGUUGAACUGGUACACUAAACGGGCAGCACUGACAGGCAUCUUCAACACCACAGAGCUGGUGAUGGUUCAGGAUUCCUCCCCAGACUUCCAGGAUACCUGGAAUUUCCUUGACAACCGCAUUCAGGAUGUAGUCAACAUGGCUGGCACAGCAAAGCAGGUGCAAUCAACCGGCGAAGCAGUGGUGCAAGGACUUAUGGGAGCUGCAGUGACACUGAGGAAUCUCACAGGAAUGAACCAGAGACGAUGAUCCCUCUUGGUCACACUAAUGCUGACCCAUCAUCUUGUGUGACAAUCCUAAUAAUCAGUUUUUCCUGUGUUCACCGGUGCUCAAGCAUUUCUCUUAUCCUUGAUGUUGUAUGGGGCUUACUGUCAUAUUUUGUUGUUUUUCAUCAGGACAUGGACAAAAUAGUGUGCCAAUGGUUUGUCUUUUUAUUGAGUGGCAUAACCAGUGAUUGUUUCUUAAACUUCACAUCACAAACCUUCACUUUCCCUUCCAUUUUUUCCUUUGUAUAAAUGGAUAUCAUCUACAUACGUUUGUUUGUUGUUGGCUCAGUUUCAACCUUAUUAAACAGGUCAUUAC